AUGCAGAUCAUCACCCUUCUGCUUGCGCUCUGCGCCAGUACGACCCUCGCCAAACCCCUCGCGAUGCCCCAGAGCGGUGAAGAUCCGAACUGGAAGCCUUCUCCAGGUACUACAGUCACGUGCGAUACCAAGUCCGACAAGUUUCUUGGUCUCUACGUCGGUCCUCAGAUGGGGCAAGUGCUCAACCAAGGUUGCGCUGCCAUGAUGCCCGAUUGCGCCUACCCCGACAAGCAUCCAGGCAUCCUUUGCACCAAGACCAUUGACUUCGCACUCGAUGGACCCAAGAGCAGCAUCCAGAAUGCCCUCGUCCAAGGCCCCGACGGAAGACUCCCCGGCUGGAAGGCAAAACUUGCCGUCUACCCUCCCGCGCAGCCCAAGAAUGAAGCUGGCGUCUUCUGGCAGGUCAAGGAUUGCUAUGGCUACUUUGCUCACUUGCUCGUCAACUGGGUGGACAAGGGCGGCUGUCAUAGCAACGCUGGGUUUGGUCUUGGCAACAUCACCGCUGGGGUUGAGAGCUCGCUUGAAGGCACCAUCUUUGAGGUUACUGUUGUGCAGGCGGAGUAG